CUAAAGCCUACCCACUUAUGAACGACACGUUCUUCUAUCAGAUUUCAGCCUGUUCGCGGGCUCCUAGAGUUUUUAUCUACGCGAACUGUCGACCAUAGACUUUUCAAAGCCUCCUACUGGCAUCCUACCUUAGGCUGCAAUCCCAUAGCACCAUUCUUUGAACUGUCUCCAACAGUUCCUAAAGCACCUCCCUAAGCCAGCAGCCCUUUGCGAGGCACUAGAGGAAACAAUGGAGUUCAAUGACCUUCCUAACGAGAUUAGAUACAACAUUUGGGAGCUCACCCUCGAGCCCCGCGUGAUCGACCUUGCCUACAGCAUGGAGAAAGGGUUUUUUGCUUAUACAAACACACCGGUUGCCCUUAGGGUGAACAAAGACUCGCGCCAGGCUGUGAUCAAGCAUUACCCGCGCUGCUUCGGUAGUAUCUUGCACAAAUCCCGAAUCCGCUUCAAUUUCUCUCUUGACACUUUGUUCUUCUACCGUGAUCUACAGGCCCUUGUUGGUCAGUUCCUUGUCGGAAUGACCCGGCGUGAACUCAGGCAGAUCCAAUUCAUAGCGGUCGACGAGUGUAUUGCAACACCACCGCCAGAGGAUCUUGAGAAUCCAGAAUACGACAUGGUUUCUCACGAUGUGAUGGCAUACUUCAGAAAAGCAGUCCGAGCUAUGCCCGCGUUACAGGAGUUUAACGUUGUGUUCGACAUCCAGACACUUUGGGAAACCCUCCCUGUUAAGCGUGGCUUUUUGCGUCCACCAACAGUUCUGUCUAAGGAGAUACCCACUGAGAUCAAGGAUUACUUUACCAGACUAAGGGAAGGUGAGGAGAUCGAGUCCAAUUAUGAUGAGUCUGAUGAAAUACCCAUGCAUCAAUGCAUCAUUGGGGAGGAGUUGCAUUGCGAGACAUACGCUGUACUUGGUUGGACUGAGCCAAAUGGCAACACACUUGAAUGACCUGAUUCAGAGGGCAGGAUAGUCGA